AUGUCUUCAUCAUCAACGGCAUCAGAAGUUCACAAGGCCCCAGUGGUCAAAAAUAUUGAAAAGCAGGACAUGGACAUGUACUCAGCAUCAAGUUCAUCAGCACCAAAAACAACAUGGAAUAAUUUUAUUGAUUCUUUCCAUAGAGCAGACGGUAAGACUUCUGCUGAAAGUAAAGACCAGCGUAUAUCCAAGACUGAAUUGCGUAUUAUGUCAUUAUCUACUGGGUUAGGUACUGGUUUACUUGUUGCAUCCGGUAGUAAACUUAGAGCUGCUGGUCCUGCCGGUGUUCUUGUUGCUUAUUUUAUCACCGGUAUUUGUAUGUUGGCGCCGACCAUUAAUUCUGUUUCUGAAUUGGCCAUUGCUUAUCCGGGUUUGCCUGGUGGGUUCCAAUCUUAUUAUGCCAAGUUUAUUGAUGAAAGUCUUGGGUUUGCCUUGGGUUGGAAUUAUGCUUUCCAAUGGAUGUGUGUUUUGGCUUUGGAAUUGGUCACAAGCUCAAUGAUAAUCAAAUUUUGGACAACCACAGUUAAUCCAGAUGUGUUUGUUGCCAUAUUCUUUGUUUUUGUCACUUUGAUCAAUAUGGGUGGGGCCAAAGUGUAUGCCGUUUUCGAAGCAAGUUUUAACUGUUGUAAAAUUCUACUUUUAGUUGGGUUUGUUAUUUUUGGGUUAAUCAUCGACGUUGGUGGUGGUCCACAAGGUUUUAUUGGUGGUAGAUAUUAUCAUGACCCUGGUGCCUUCACAUCUUUCAAAGGUUUAGCUUCAGUGUUUGUCACUGGUGCCUUCAGUUUGGGUGGGUCAGAGUUUAUUAGUUUAUCGGCCAGUGAAACAAGACAUCCACGUGCUUCUAUCCGUGCUGCUUCAAAAUUGGUUUAUUUCAAAGUCAUUGUUCUUUUCCUUGGUUCUUUGACUUUUGUUGGGUUAUUAGUUGCUUAUAACAAUGAUCGUUUGAUGGGAAGUGGUGAUGCAGCAAGUCAUGCUUCACCAUACGUUCUUGCCGCUGAAAUGAACGGUAUCAGAGUCUUGCCUCAUAUUAUCAAUGCUGUUAUUUUGAUUUCAGUUGUUUCAGUUGCCACUGCUGCCAUGUAUAGUUCUCCAAGAUUGGUUCAAUCGUUGGCUGAACAAGGAUUGGGUCCUAAAUGGUUAGACUACAUUGACAAAAAGGGAAGACCAACCAGAGCUUGGUUUAUUACCGUUUUGGCUGGAUUGUUUGGUUUCAUUGCUGCUUAUGAAAAACAAGAAACUGUUUUCGUCUGGUUAUUGUCGAUUUCAGGUAUUUCAUUCAUCAUGUGUUGGUUAUUUAUUUGUGUGAGUCACAUUCGUUUCAGAGCUGCUUUGAAAUACAGAGGUAUCACAUUGGACCAAUUGGCUUACGUUUCACCAACUGGUGUUUGGGGUUCAUAUCUUUCAGUUCUUAUUAAUUCUCUUAUUCUUAUUGCUCAAUUCUGGAUCUCAUUGUGGCCAUUAGGAGGUGACGGCAAACCAAACGCUAAUUCAUUUUUUGAAAAUUACUUGGGUGCUCCUGUGUUCUUGGUUUGUUACAUUGGUCAUAAGCUCUGGACUAGAAAUUGGAAAUUGUUCAAGAAAGUUGAAGAUAUUGAUAUUGAUACCCAUAGAAUGAUUUGCGAUCCAGAACUUUUGGCUUUGGAAGAUUUGGAAGACAAAGAAAGAUAUCAAAAAGCUCCAAUUUGGAAAAAGAUUUUGAUCAAAUGUUUUGAUUAG